UGUCAUUUCGAUACGGUAGAUUUCUGUGAAGAGAAGGACGGCAGAGGCGAAGGAACACAGCUCUGUCAGCUGGUAAAAAGAAAAGAAGCUGCAGUAUUAUACUAAAACGAUGAAACCAUCGGAUAAGCCUACUCCAAGGAACUAGUUUCUUGUCUAGUUUUAUUUUUUUAUUGAAUUAAAUGACGUAGCUAAUAUUCUUCUGAUCAAAUUUAUGAUUAGCGACUGCCAGUGAAAGAGGGCUGUGUCAUUGAGAAGGCAGGACACGUCAGGAGAGAGAAAACGCUGGGAAGCUAACGUUACAAAUUCUAUUAACAUUACAGCUAACUCAUCUUACACAGCUAGGUCGCUAGCUACUAAAACCAUAAAAGCAUAUCAUCCAUAUCGGCCUCGUCGUAUAUAAGUGUGGUCAAGCUGGAACAGAUAUCGUCAACCAACGCUUGGAUCAAGGGUAACGUUAGCCCCUAAAAGUCUAGGACCUAAAGGCGACGGGAUCGAAUAUUGCGUGGGGGAUAAGAGAACUGCACCAGAUAAAUGGGGGAUUACGGGUUUGGAGUCCUAGUGCAAAACAACACUGGUAACAAGUCUGCUUUCCCAGUAAGAAUACACCCACAUCUCCAGCCUCCUCAUCACCACCAAAACACCUCUCCAAGCCCUGCCACCUUCACGAGCAGUAACACUGCAGGGAAUGGCAACAGUAGUGGGUCCCCCUGGCUGUUCCCCGCCACCAAUGCCCACAGCAGCAUGCAAGAUGAAAUUCUUGGCUCUGAGAAGACCAAAGUGCAGCAACAGGAAAUUCAAGAAACACAAGAGAAACAGCAACAGCAGCAGUCGCAGUUGUCCCCAGCCCCUCAAGAAAGCGGGAUCAUAUCAGAAAUGGACAAGGCUCGAUCUGAGGAGGGCAAGGGUGAAGGUAGCCCCUCGGACGUUAGCAAUGGCAAGGAGAAGCUGCGUCUCGAAUCUCCUGUGCUGACGGCCUUUGACUACCAAGAGGCCCCAGGACUGGGCACGGCUGCCCAGUCCAGUUCUUCCUCCUCCUCCCUGACCAGCUUCAACAACUGGUCUGCUGCUAUUCCCCAGACCCCAGCUUCCACCAUCAUCAACGAGGACAUCAGCUUCUUCAACCCGGCUGCCUCAGCCAACAGUGGGCCGCUGCUGUUCCAGAACUUCUCACACCACGUGAGCCCGGGCUUCGGGGGCAACUUCUCGCCCCAGAUCGGCCCCAUCUCGCAGCACCACCCCCCGCACCCCCACUUCCAGCACCCGCAUAGCCAGGCGCACCCCCAGCAGCACCGCCGCUCCCCGGCCAGUCCGCACCCGCCGCCGCCCUUCCCCCACCGGAGCGCGGCGGCCGCCUUCAGCCAGCUGCCGCAUCUGUCUAACAACCUGAGCAAGCCCCCGUCUCCAUGGGGCAGCUACCAGAGCCCCUCACCCUCGCCCUCCUCCACGUCCUGGAGUCCCGGCGGGGGUUACGGGGGCUGGGGGGGCUCCCAGAGCCGGGACUACCGCAGGGGCCUGAACGGCGGUAUGCCUCCCCUCAACUCCAUCUCACCUCUGAAGAAGACGUUUCCCAACAACCACGUCGUGCCCUCGCAGAAGUACUCCCGCGCCAGCCCUGGCUUCAAUCCAAAGUCCUGGAUCGACGAGAGCGUAAGCCGGAGUGAGAACAUCUUCCCCUUUCAGGAGCGCACUCGUUCAUUUGAUGGCUUCAACAUGCAUUCGCUGGAGAGCUCCCUCAUCGACAUCAUGAGGGCUGAACAGGACACCCUUAAAGGCCGGCUUGGAUUCACACACCCUGCUGGAGACAGUCCUUUGCCCAUAAAUGCAAGGAAUUAUGGGAGGAGACGAGGCCACUCGUCCCUGUUCCCUAUGGAGGACGGCUUUGGGGAAGAUGAGCGUGGGGAGCAGAGCCUGCCUGGCCUGGGUUCCCCCCACUGCUUCCCCCACCAGAACGGGGAGCGCGUGGAGCGCUACUCGCGCAAGGUGUUCGUGGGCGGCCUGCCCCCGGACAUAGAUGAAGAUGAGAUCACAGCAAGUUUCCGUCGCUUUGGACACCUCUUUGUGGACUGGCCUCAUAAGGCCGAGAGCAAGUCCUACUUUCCUCCCAAAGGUUAUGCCUUCCUGCUAUUCCAGGAUGAGAGCUCUGUACAGGCCCUGAUUGACGCCUGCAUUGAAGAGGAUGGAAAACUUUACCUCUGCGUGUCCAGCCCCACCAUUAAAGACAAACCAGUUCAGAUCCGGCCCUGGAACCUGAAUGACAGUGACUUCGUCAUGGACGGCUCUCAGCCUCUGGAUCCCCGCAAAACCAUCUUUGUUGGCGGAGUGCCCCGCCCUCUUCGUGCAGUGGAGUUGGCUAUGAUCAUGGACAGGCUGUAUGGCGGCGUGUGCUAUGCGGGAAUUGACACUGACCCCGAGCUGAAGUACCCCAAAGGAGCAGGGCGGGUCGCCUUCUCUAAUCAGCAGAGCUACAUAGCGGCUAUCAGCGCUCGCUUUGUGCAGCUGCAGCAUGGGGAGAUCGAUAAACGGGUGGAAGUGAAGCCAUACGUGCUGGAUGACCAGCUCUGUGACGAGUGCCAGGGCACGCGCUGCGGAGGCAAGUUUGCGCCCUUCUUCUGCGCCAACGUCACCUGCCUCCAGUACUACUGCGAGUACUGCUGGGCCGCCAUCCACUCACGCGCCGGCCGAGAGUUCCACAAGCCUCUGGUCAAGGAGGGCGGAGACCGGCCACGCCACAUCUCCUUCCGCUGGAACUAGAAGGAGAAGAGAGUGAGGGAGGGAGAAAAGCGCAACUAUACUACCCAGUCCCCUCCAUAUGUGAUGCAAGUCGCAAUCUAAGCAAAGACCCAAACCGAGAGCAGAGAAAAGGACAAGUUACAGUGACCGAGAGGAGACCGAAAGCACACCGGAGAGAACGGUGUGUGUUUGUGUGUGUGUGUGUUUGGGAGAGGGAGGCAGUGUGGAGACUAACACUUUGCUGAAGUAGCUCCCUUCUGGGGAUUUAGUCUCUGUCUAUUUGCCAGUCUCUCCCCCUCUCUCUCUUUGUUAAGCAGAGCUACAAAGACCAGACCCCAACCAAAGAGAGCAGUCAAAAAGCCAGGGACACUUUGCAUUUUUUUCUUCCUUUCUAUCAUUAUCAUCCAUCUGUCCUUUCCUCCUUGCGUGUACUCUGUCUUUCGUCAAGUCUUUCAUUCUGUCCCCUAAUUUCCCCUAAAACAAUUGCUAAAAAUUGUGCGAGAUCCCACUUUUUUGGUAUCCCUCUCUGCGUGAGAACCUUAAGGAGUCCAGAGAAACCAAAGAUUGGCCUUGAAUUGAUAAAUGGUGCAAGUCAAAAUCCAUGGCAACACUAGUGAAAACAACCAAACCGACCCUGCAGCCUGGCUCACGGGCCUUUCUACCGCCCCCCCCCCCCCCCUCCCCCCUCUUUCCAAAGGUCAAAAUGGAGAGAUGAGUUGCUUAAGUAGUCUUGUGUUGAGGAGUUUGCAAUAGGUGUCUGAUAUUGAACAGGUUUUUAUUUUUUUCAAGUUGGUUUAUUUUUUUUUGGUUGCAGUAGUAUUUGGAAAUUACAACAUAACGAUACAACAAACAGGAUAUAUAAUUGGCAUAGAAUCGACAGGCUUACUUUAUCUGAAUCUGCUAGCUUGUAAAUGUCAGGGAGUUAAUGCUGAACUAUAACUUGAUACACUAGUGAGAAACUUAUCCUCGUGUUGGCUGGGUGGUGCUUCUCUGCGCUUAUUCAAAGUCAUCACUAUAGCUCGGGGGUGAGGGGUGAACACUUUUAGAAGUUUAAAACACUUUUUGAAGAAUUUGCUGUUGAUGAGAUGAUGAAAAGAUUAUUUUAUACAUGGCCUGCUGAUUUUUGGUACAGUGUUUUCUAGCUAAAUUAUUUUGUCAUGCACAUAGAAACAUUUAUUAUGCACUACUUUUCUAAAUAUUUCUUUUUUCCAACAGUCAUUUUAGGCACAUUUUUCACAAAUGGGAAAACUCCUUUUUGCAAUACCUCAAUUUUUCACAUUGUGAAAGGUAGCUUUUAUACUUUUGUUACUGAGAGAACUGCGUAUAUGGAAAUUUUCAUUUUAAAGAAAAAAAGUUAAGUGAUUUUAAUAUAUAUCAUUUUAAAUUAUGCUUUUUAUACAUUUCAGUGCUGCGGAAACUAUAAAACAAAGUGUGCACUUGUGUUAAUGCGACUUCUGCAGAGGAGGGAUCAAAGUGUAUAGCUUAAGGUCUUGGAUCUUGUACACUAGUUGAACAGGGAAAAAAGUAUAAUAAAUUGGGGAAACCAUAGCAGAUAAAACAGCAUGGCGUGAACACAUCGUCUUUUAGAAAUUGAAUGUCAUUGUUUUGGGUAAAAAUGGCUAACCUAGGUGGUAAAAAUGGUAACUUAAUUUUUUUUUCUUGCGUUUCCAUAGCUGGAAUCUAACUAUUAUAAGGAGAAUGCAAAAUUGAUUCAUGUUAAAGCUGACUCUCGUAUCAAAAGAAUGGAUGUUUGGUGUUUAGAUAUUUUAACAUUUGAAAAUAUAUAUUCUUGAACUGCCAACUAGCUCCUAUUGUAAUCCUUAGCAUGCAUGGAAGAAAAAAAAAAGAUAAACAAGUACAAUUAACUAUUGAAAUUAAUUGUUGUGGUUGUGCACCAGAUGUUUAAAGUUUAAUUUGUUAAGGACACCCACUCCCUUUCAUAUGUCAAUCUAUACAUCCUGGCCCCCCCCCCCCCCCCCCCCCCCCCCUCCUUUCAGGCCUCUGCAGAAUCCUCAAAAAAAAAAAAGUAGCAGUGUUGUAACAUCAAAAAAGAAAUACACUGUUAAAGACCUUAGACUCAUCCCUACUAUCUGUUUUUAAGUACGUAAAUACAUUUCUUUCUUUUUUUAUUUCUUCAUUUUUCUUUGUCUUUGCGGAAGGGGAACUUUAAGACUUGAAUGUGGUAGAUGUUGCAAGUUAACUUCGAGUUGUUAUGUGCAAUACUUUUUUUUUUUUUUUUUACUUUUUCCAGAUAAAGACUCUUUGCAAUGUAAUUCUUUAAUGCCAUUUUUAAUUGCAAACAUUUAAAAAAAAAAAGGAUGUUAAUGUUUUUCACAGUCAUUUUCUACUGUUAUUGUAAUCCUUUACAUGCUGGUGUUUGUAAAAAGAAAAAAAAAUACAAGACUAUUUGUACUAAUAUAAAUAAUUGAAGUUAUUUUUAAAACAUUAAAGGUUUUGUGCUCAUUUGCUUAUAUUGAUUAUUUCAAGCUACUGUGAUUGCAUUGUAAUUAUUAGGUCAAUAAUGUAUUUAGCUGUUUAUUGGUAUAUUUUUAAUUGGAAUGUAUAAUUAAUUUUUAUAAUUUUGAUCAGAUUUUUGUUAUAUUUUUGAGGUGAAGCUUUUAAUAUGUUAAAGUGUCUAGUUUUUACUAAUUGCUAUAUUGUGCUCUACAAUAUAUGGUUCACAUUUUCUGAAGGAGAAUAAAUAUUUAAAUAUUUGUCUGUUAAUGAUGUUACUUAAUGGCAAAAUUUCAAUAGUUUUUGUGUAUGAGAAGGUUGUUGUAUUUAUUAAUAGCAUUUUUUACUUAAGAUAUCACCUUAAUUUUUAUUGUCAUUUCACUUUAUAAGUUCCUAUUUUUGUAUUUUUCUUUCUAAUUAAGUUAUGUAAUAAAAAUGUCCAUAUUCUAGGAGUUGGUCUGUAGAAGUGCUAGUGUAACAAAAAGAAAAAUCUAAUGUUAUUUAAUUGUUUGCAGCCAACUAUUUAUAACAAUAUGCAUAAUUUUUAAAUAUUUGUAAUGUGAAAUGUUGAAUGAAUAAAACCUAACUGUGAUGAGA